CCGGGCUCUGUAAUUAACAUUCCACAGCGGUUCUCCGUCACUAAUUACAGCAUCACCGAGACAAUCGGGGGAUGAGAAAGGCUGGCGUGAAGGCAGCCGCUCGGCACACCUCUGGCUUCCUCCUCCCCGGCCGGGACGCUCUCUGUGCCUGGCACACAGUCCCCCGGACGCGGGCGAGUGUGGGCAGAGGCGGCAUCGCCCGCAGCAGGUCCUGCCGCUGGCCAGGGCCCGGGCUGCCAGGGGGACGCAUCGUGAUGGGCCAUUGCCGUGGAAACCGCCCUCCGAGACGCCUGUAGACGAGACCUCCACCUCCAGGACCUGCCUUUUGGUUUGGUUAAUCCUCCCCCGGGGACAUUUUCCAUUGAUUUUUAGAGACAGUGGGAGAGAGAGGGAGGGAAAGGCAGAGAGAAACUUCCACGUGAGAGAAACACACCGACUGGCUGCCUCCUGCGCGCACCCUGACCAGGGCCCGGGCUGGGGAGGAGCCUGCCACCCAGGAACGUCCCCUUGACCGGCAUCGAACCCGGGACCCUUCGGUCCACAGGCCGACGCUCUAUCCGCUGAGCCACCGGCCAGGACAGGCCUGCGGGAUCGUGAGCAGCUUCUGGGUUCGACCCGUCUCCCGCCCAGGCCAUGGCCUUCUACCCGCUGCAGGUGGCGGGGCUGGUGCUGGGCGUCCUGGGCCUAGCCGGGGCUCUGGCCACCACCCUCCUGCCCCAGUGGCGCGUGUCCGCGUACGUGGGCAGCAACAUCAUCGUCUUCGAGAGGAUCUGGGAAGGGCUGUGGAUGACCUGCGUGCGGCAGGCCCGGACCACCCUGCAGUGCAAGCUCUACAGCUCCCUGCUGGCCCUGCCCCCCGUGCUGGAGGCCGCCCGGGCCCUGAUGUGCGUGGCCGUGGCCCUCGCCCUCACGGCCCUGCUCCUGGGCGUGUGUGGCCUGAGGCAGGUCCAGUGCACGGGCUCCGACGAGAGGGCCAAGGCGUACCUCGUGGGGGCGUCCGGGGCCCUCCUCCUCCUCACCGGCCUCUUCGUCCUCAUCCCCGUGUCCUGGACGGCCCACAUCGUCAUCCGGGAUUUCCACGACCCCGCCGUCCACGUGGGGCAGAAGCGCGAGCUGGGGGCCGCGCUCUUCCUGGGCUGGGCCAGCGCCGCCGUCCUCCUCGCGGGAGGGGCCCUGCUCUGCGGGUUCUGCUGCUGCAGCCGGAGGAAGCGAGGGCAGCGGCGCCCGGCCCCCAGGCACCGCGUGCCUCCCCGGGGGCCGCACGGGGACCCGGCCGUGCCCAGGAAGCCCUGCACCAGCUACGUCUAGGCCUGCGCGGCUCCAGCUGGCGGGGGGGCCGGGGGCGG